AUGAGACUAUCUUGUCACUACAGACCAUCCUACUCAACUCCUUUGAGCCUAUCAGGUGAGCCAUUUAGUAUGUCUGAGUCAUCGCCCGAAGCCCAAGAUCAAGAAAAAGGCCUCGACAGGCUACCAACAGAACUAUUCCUCCUGUGCUCGAGGUACAUGGAUCGAAAUGACCUCGCCUGUCUCAUGCGGACCUGCAGGAUGUUCCGAGAUACACUAGGUGACACAAUAUACAGAGAACAUGCUCUACCAUCAGAAGACUGCUAUAAGGAGUGGUGUUCACAUGACAGCGAAGGGAAGACACAUGGUAAUAAGGGAAACACCUCUAAAAAAGUCUUUAAGAUGAGAGAUAAUUUUGAGAUGCCUUACGAGCCCCUGGCAACGGCGAUAUCAGACGGGAACUACGAUCUCGUUAGACGCUUUAUGAAAGCCGGUGUGAACCCCAACGCUGUGAGUCUGAAUUCAAUUUCUAUGCUUCACAUUGCCAUACAGGAGCAUCGCUUUGAAAUAACUCAGCUCAUGCUAGACUCCGGCGCUGACCCGAAUAUUGAAUGUCUUGUCACUAAGCAAUUGGCAUUGGACUUCGUCACUCAAAGGCAUAAACAGGCAUAUGCCUGGGUGGAAUUGCUUCUUACCUAUGGAGCAAAUUUCACAAGAACUGAAACAUUUGAAUGGCUUUGCAAGACGGGACGAGAGGACUUCAUUCGUCGAGCAUUCAAUAAUGGGACAGAUGUCGUCGAUCUAUCUGACAGCAUGCACAUUUUGCGCUCAUGGAGACUAGCACAAGCAAUGUCUUUUUCAUCCCUAAUGAUGAUUGAGACUCUCUUAGACCUGGAGCCUAGACUUACGAGGAUCAACCAAUAUGGUGACGGUCUUUCUCUAUUACACCUGGCUCUGGAAAGACAUAGACCAGAUGUUGCUUUGAUGUUAAUUGGUAGACAAUUCAAGAUAUUCACCAGGAAGGAUCCGUCGUUUGUGCGUCAUGUGAAAUGUCUUUACACAAGGAUUGCUAGAGCUCUAGAACGAAAUAGAGAUUCGGAUCCUGCCUGGACUAAAAACGCGGAGGAUUUAUUGGACAUAUGUGACCAAGAAGCAUGGGAAAGUGGAUUCAAUCAGCCUGACAGAUGCUUGUCAAUUAGGAUUUGGAAAUCCUUUGAUGUGUCUUCGCUGGCUCUUGAUAUCCUCGAGUAUUCCCCCUCUCCCUACACAGAAUUACCUGUAUCGAGUAUCUUGCAUGUACAUUAUUUGGAGGAAUAUUUGGAGGAAUAA